AUGCCAGCUAUACAUUUCAAAUUGAUUGAUACUAAUUUAUCAUCUACGGUUACAAUUUUUCACAUCGAAGAUAAUAAUUAUUCAUUGACAUUACAUUGUUCAUCAAAGAUAGGUAUUAAACGAAUUUUAGAAACUGCUUUUCACCUGUUUCGAAUAAGAAAGCGCUAUUAUUGUUUACAUUGCAGUGAAUCUCAAAUAGAUGAAGAUAUUCUUCUUGAAGAUUUCGGUACUGGUGACAAUAUAUUUGAAUUUCAAUUGAUUUCCACGGCUACAAUCAAAUGCGUAAUAUCAUAUACUAAUCAAACAACGAUUCUACCAUGUAAUAAAGAAAUGUCAAAGUUAGAACUUGUUAAAUAUGCAUUAGAAUUAUUGCAUAUGGAAGACAAAGAGAUCGAUUCCUAUGAAUUAUUUUUAAUCAUUAAUGGCGAGAGAUCACAAGUCGAAGAUGAUCUAAUUAUAGAGGAAUUACUUCAAAUGUUGUUUGACGAGAUGAUAUCUACAGAAAGACAGACAUUGAAAUUUGAACUGGAAAAGAAAAGUGAUUAA